GGUUGACUCUGUUGCUGCCGUCUUGGCUGUCUUCUCUUCUCAGUCUGACUCAGUCUCUUCUCUCUCUCUCGCUCUCUCUUUUUCCUUUUAACUCCGACGACAUUGACCCUAUCCGAAAAUAGUCAUAAUGUUGGCAAAAAUGAGCGUGGACGUCUCGCUGCGGGCUUUGAGGACGCUGCGGCUGCUGGUUCUGGUGAGCCUGUGUGUGUUCAUCAGUGUCUCAGCAGCAUCAUCUCCAGCCCAGGAGGAGGACAGUGCCAUGGAGAACAUCGUUACAGAGAAGAAGGCUGAGGAGAGCCACAGACAGGACAGCGCAGACCUGCUCAUCUUCAUCCUGCUCCUCACCCUCACCAUCCUAACCAUCUGGCUCUUCAAGCACCGGCGCUUCAGGUUUCUGCACGAAACCGGGCUGGCCAUGAUUUAUGGCCUUAUUGUCGGGGUGAUCUUGCGCUACGUCGUUCAGGUCCCUCAGGACACCAAACCCGUCCCAACAAGCUGCCUUCUCAACGCCAGCACCCCCACCCUGCUGGUAAAUAUCAGUGGCAAAUUUUACGAAUACACCUUGAAGAGGGAGAUCAGUUCCAACGAGGUGAAUGACGUGAAAGACAACGAGAUGCUGCGCAAGGUUACGUUUGACCCUGAGGUUUUCUUCAAUAUUCUUCUCCCGCCCAUCAUUUUUCAUGCAGGCUACAGCUUGAAAAGGAGACAUUUUUUCCGGAACAUGGGAUCCAUCCUGGCUUAUGCCUUUGUGGGGACAGUGAUUUCCUGUUUUAUUAUUGGGUUGUUGAUGUACGGCUGUGUCACGCUGAUGAAGCACCUGGGCCAACUGGGUGGAGACUUCUUCUUCACUGACUGUCUAUUCUUUGGAGCCAUUGUCUCAGCAACAGACCCGGUGACGGUCCUGGCUAUCUUCCAUGAGCUGCAUGUUGACGUGGAUUUGUAUGCGUUACUGUUUGGAGAGAGCGUCCUCAAUGAUGCCGUAGCGGUCGUUUUGUCCUCGUCUAUUGUUGCAUAUCAGCCCCAAGGAGACAACAGCCACACGUUUGAGGCCAUGGCCCUGCUGAAGUCUUUAGGGAUGUUCCUUGGCGUUUUCAGCGGGUCCUUUUCUCUGGGCGUUGCCACGGGAAUUGUUACAGCUCUCGUGACGAAAUUCACCAAACUGAGGGACUUUCAGCUGCUGGAGACGGCUCUGUUCUUCCUCAUGUCCUGGAGCACCUUCCUGCUGGCUGAAGCUUGUGGCUUCACAGGUGUUGUGGCUGUGCUCUUCUGUGGCAUCACUCAGGCCCACUACACCUUCAACAAUCUGUCUCCAGAGUCUCAGGACCGGACAAAGCAGCUGUUUGAACUGUUAAAUUUCCUGGCAGAGAACUUCAUCUUCUCCUACAUGGGUCUGACCCUGUUCACCUUCCAGAACCACAUAUUUAAUCCCAUGUUCAUCGUUGGAGCUUUUCUGGCGGUGUUUGUGGGUAGAGCUGCUAACAUCUACCCUCUGUCACUCCUCCUUAAUCUGGGUCGAUUUAACAAGAUUAGAUCCAACUUCCAGCACAUGAUGAUGUUUGCAGGGCUGCGCGGUGCGAUGACCUUCGCCCUGUCCAUCAGGGACACGGCCACGUACGCCCGCCAGAUGAUGUUCUCCACCAAUCUUCUUGUGGUUUUCUUCACUGUUUGGGUUUGUGGUGGCGGCACCACUCAGAUGCUGUCCUGUCUGCGGAUACGAGUGGGAGUUGACUCCGAUCAGGAAAACUCUGUGAGUUUUGCUGACGGAUCAGAGAGGAGAAGCACCAAACAAGAAAGUGCCUGGCUUUUCAGAAUUUGGUACAACUUCGACCACAACUACCUGAAGCCCAUCCUGACGCACAGCGGCCCCCCUCUUACUACCACGCUUCCUCCCUGCUGCGGCCCCCUCGCCCGCUUCCUCACCAGCCCCCAGGCCUAUGAGAAUGAGUGUCAGCUGAAGGACGACGACUCUGACCUCAUCCUGACGGACGGUGACAUCAGCCUGACUUAUGGCGACAUCACGGUCAGCACUGACGCCACAGGCGCCCGCACCAGCGACGGCCUGGCCACGGACGACCUGGACCGGGAGCUGGCGUACGGCGAUCACGAGCUGGUGAUGAGGGGCACGCGCCUCGUUCUGCCCAUGGACGACUCUGAGCCGCCGUUCACGGAUCACCUGCGGAUGUGAAAACCAGGUUUCAGCGCAAACGUCCAUAACAAACUGACCUGAGCCACUGAGCAAAAGACGAGUCCCUGACUCUCCUCUUUUCACACUCCCAUUUUUAUUUUAUUUUAUUUUUCUGCACUUUGCCUUUUUUCCUUUUUGCUCACUUCCUCUUUGGGAAAUCGCUGUCUCUACCUCAUUCUCUUCCUGCUCAUUUCACACCUCUUACUUCAAUCAUUCCUGGUUUUCUUCACAUCUUUUCUCUUGUCAUUCAGCUUACUGUAGCAUCACAGCAUGAGUUAGAGAAUAAAUGCAAACGCCAACCCCUACCUAAUUUGUCAGUGUACAGUAUAUCUCAAGAGAAACUAUAACGUUGUUAUGCAUGUGGAGGUUGCUUAUGUUUUCUUUGUAUUUUAGGAUAUAUUGCUUUUCUUUUCGGUCGGCGUUUUGGGUCUGACUUUGAAUGUUGCUGCCUUUUCUCUGAGCAUCAGAAGCAAGCUGGCCCAGUGGAAAACUUUACUGUACAUUUGGUUACAAUCAAGUGCCUGGGAAUUGUAGUUUUUAAGCAUGGCAACUCCAUACUAGGUUAUCUCUGAGAGGGAAAGUGAUUUUGGGAUGGCACAGGAGAAAAUAUAAAAAUAUAUAUUAUACCCAAGAGAAGCCUCCGUCCCUAAAGGUAGCAAUAUACUGCACAGGUGUGUCUGGAGGGAUUGUGCUCGUAAAUAUUUUGUGAAGCGGUAGGAGCCACUUACGGAUCUCUCUGGGUGACCUUAGACUGUGACAUUAGAGAGAGGCUUAACGCCUUCCUCUGGACGCCGAGCGCAGCCACAACAGACUGAAGGUUUGCUGCUGUGAAAAUGAGACCUAAAUGAGGUGAAGUGAGUCAGCUUUGUGCCAUUCCCGUCACGCAUUUUGACGCUUUGUGUUUUCCGAAUCCAUUCGACCUUAAAGUGUUUUCUACGCUUUUUGCAGAGGAACAUUUGUCAUACACAUCCAGCUUUGUUCACAUAUUUCUAUUCAGAUAUUUUUUCAGGAAAGUAAUAAAAAAUAAAACGUUUUGGUACCUAAACUUGACACUAAAACAUCUGCUGUCUUUUUGAUAUAAUUAGAGAUUAGAGAGAUUAUCUACUUGCAGAAGGGUGAAGUAAGUUUUGUUUCUUCAUUAAUAUGGUUUCAUAUUGCUGAACGAUGAAUGUAUUGGCUGACUUAAACUAGGCAUCUUUCAGUGCUUUGCUAGUUUCAUCUCUGAAAUAUAUUUUCUGCUACACAACUUUACUACCACAGUUAUUUAUGCAGCUAAAUCUCAGUGGGUGUGAAUAUCAUCACAUUAAUUUAUUUCAGUAUUUCAGUUCAUAAAUUGCAUUACUGUGGAUUUAUUGGACACAGAGUGAAAUAUUCAAGUUAUUUCUGUUGAUUCUGAUUACCAGCUAAUGAAAACACAAAUUUCAGUUUCUCUGUAAGUGAGAAUAUUACAUCAGACCAAGAACAAGUGAUCCUCUAGCAACUUGGAUUGUGUGCCUUUCCACUCAUCUUUCUCACCUUUCAACCUUGAAAACUAAACGAGGAACUAACUUUACCUUAUAUUUAAAAAGAGAACAAAAACCCACAACAAUGGUGUCCUUUUUCUCCUUAGCUUCUUCAUAUAUGCUACUAGAUGUUUUCCUUCCACUCAACUUUCUAGUAAGCUCUCUUCUUUAGCUCUGAGCUCUUGCAGCUUACCUCUUCAUGUGGAUGUCAUUGGCUGCAUUCUGGAUAACUAUACAAUCAACAGUCAUACACGUGACUGUGUAUCAUAACGUAACAACUUUAAAUAAUAAAUUACAAAUAUUAAUCUUAUACGAUGUUCUGAUUUUACUUUUAUGAGAAAUUGAAAUUUGAGUUUUCAUAAUCAGAUGAAUUUGCAGCAAAUAUCUCAGUCUGUGUGCAAUUAAUCUCAAUAAUAUGCAACUUUCCUUUUUUUAUUUAAAUUACUGAAAUAAAAUAAGUUUUUAAUGAUGUUCUCAUGUAGUGAGAGAUAAAUACACGUUUUCUCUGUUUGACUAAUCAGCUCAAUAUUGCAGUGCUGGAUUUUAUACAUUGCCAUGUCUUUGUCUCUCCUUAUAAUUCAUAAUAUUAGGGCUGUGCGGUAUUUGGAAAACAUGGCAUUACAUUAAUAUUGUUGAACUCAUUAGUCCUUUGGGUAACAAACCUCUUUCUGGGACAAUUAAAGACCAUCCAAUCAAUCAGUUAUCCUAUUAAGUUGCAGAAUUUUAAAAGAUGACUCCUAAAAUGUUGCAGCCUCCUAAAUAUUGCAUCUUGACAGAUUAAUAUUUCAUAUUUCAGAUACCCUGGGAGGAGUAGAUAUUUGCACUGGGACUGUUCCAGGUCUUUAUUUUGAAAGCUGCCAGUGUUGGACUAGUUUACUUGCUGGAUUUCUUUUUUUCCUAUUUCGUGCUGAACUGUUUACUCACGAAUCAUUUGAAGGUAAAACAGAAGUUUAUUUGCACAUUUGCUUUAUUUUUGUUCAUGUUAAAGAAGAACGGAAAGCUUUCUGAACUCGUUUAGGUCUGCAGAGUUUCGCAUCUGCUGAUGCUGACUGAACAGGAAGCGGUCGGGUUGUCGCCGUGGCGACGCUGUGUUUAUUUGAACCGAAGCCAGAAUACAUUUGGUGACUAAGCUGAACACCACCAUCUUUUUUUGUGUUUUGGCCUCGGUGCGAGCCAAAGAAAAAUAAGUGAGUUCAUGCAGAAUAAAUGCAGGAUGAUGGGAAUUAAAAAAAGAGAGAGGGAAAGAAUAAAGGAGUGAACAGAAGGAGGGAAGUAGAGCAGGCUUGUAGAUAUCGCUCUUCCUUUCUUAAUUAUCUUCUGCUGUGCAGGAACCUCUAAUUUAACUUUUUAUUUCUUGUUUGCUUACUUGUUUGCUUUAAUCAGGCAUUCUUUAUGACUCCACAUGAUCUAUUUUUAUGUUGAAUUAUCAUUUCAGUUGUUUGUAUGAUACAUUUUUUAAAGAGAGGAAAUAAAGUGAAAGAAGCCUGUAAUUCACACUCAUUUUGUGUGCUUUAUUUGUUUUCAGUAAUGUUUUAGUUUUAUCCGACAGCUGGUUUUAUAGUAUUUACUGUUUUAUUUUGAGUGAUGUUUAUAGAGGUUUUUUUAGCUUCUGUAAAAAACCAUUUCAGUGACUUUAAAGAUGAUUUCAUGCAUAUUUUCCAUCUUAUCUGGUACCUUUGUAUCUUGUAUGUUUCCAACAAGAUGCUUUUUCUAUGAUGUCUUCAGAGCAUAAAUUAUCUUUCGCUGAUUGUGCAUCUUUGAAAAAAAAAAAAAGAAGUUAAAUAAAUCUGAGCAGAACUGUGUGCCAUUAUUAUCUACAUGCCACAAUGUGAACUCUUCAAAAGGUGAUCGAGGUCUUGGUGUUUCUCUGCUCUCUGAUCCGUACCUGGAUCUUUGAUCAGUGGAAAUCCUGUCUGAAGUAGCUGACCAAAGAGGCCUGCUGUGGUCCGUGUUUUCAGACACUCUGCUCUCUUUCUCUCUCUCUUCAUUCUGCAUUUUCUCUCUGUGUGAAUGUGUCCAAAUGUCUGCAAGUGUUUAUGGACGUGUCUGGCAAAAAAAAAACUAACAAAAAAACAUGAAACUGUGUCCUCUUUUUUUUGUUUUUGUUGCCGAUACUGACUGUUUACAUCUGUGUAAAUAUACUCACCUGUUCUGUGUGCGUGCAACGGUCAAUAAACUAGAGCCUUUGCAUUUGAUUAAA